CGCCACGGAGCCGAGCGCCGAGGGCGGGCGCGUCCGCGGUCGGCGUUGCCCAACUCCUACCCCCGCGGAAAAGACGCGGGAAAGCGCGGCUCGCGGCCCGGCCAGCCCCGCCGCGCACAUGGCCGGCCGCGGGCUCCCACAGCCCGUGGCGCGCAGGCGCCGGGCGAGCCGGGACUUGCGGUCGCCGAGCGCGGAUCAUUCCGCCGCUUUCCUUUGUGUGGCCGAAGGCCUCGAAGUGGCCUGUUUCGCGGCCCUCGGUCGAGAGGGAAAAGCAGAGGCGCCCCUCGCCACCCCUCGCCAGCGCCCCUCGGGACGGGGUUCGGGCCGCGGGCGGGACGGGGGGCUCCUCUGACGCGGGCGGAAAGGCCGGGGCGAGGGCCGGUCCGGGAGGAAUGCUGGGAGCUUUGACUCACUCGCACACCAUGUGUCCUUCCGCGCGCAGCACGGGGGACUUUUCGGUGGGGAUUUUGGGCGCCGACCAGACGCGGCAUUUUCGGAAAAUAGCGCCCCGUGCUGCUGGAGCGCCGCGUGUGUAGCGGGGCCGCGUCCGCGCGUCCGGGUACGAGGCGCCUCGGGUCCCCGCACCACCUCCCGCCGCUUCCCCCGCCGCCGCUCCCGAAGCUUUUCCAGAUGUCCCUGGUAGAUUUGGGAAAGAAGCUUUUAGAAGCAGCGCGAGCAGGUCAAGAUGAUGAAGUUCGUAUUUUGAUGGCGAAUGGAGCUCCCUUUACUACAGACUGGUUGGGAACUUCUCCACUUCAUCUCGCAGCACAGUACGGACAUUAUUCCACCACAGAAGUGCUUCUCCGAGCUGGUGUAAGUAGGGAUGCCAGAACCAAGGUGGACCGAACGCCAUUGCAUAUGGCAGCUUCUGAGGGCCAUGCCAGCAUAGUAGAAGUAUUGCUUAAGCAUGGUGCUGAUGUCAAUGCAAAGGACAUGUUAAAGAUGACAGCUCUACAUUGGGCCACAGAGCAUAAUCAUCAGGAGGUGGUGGAACUUUUGAUCAAAUAUGGCGCUGAUGUACACACGCAAAGCAAAUUUUGUAAAACUGCAUUUGACAUUUCAAUAGACAAUGGGAAUGAAGAUUUAGCAGAGAUAUUACAGAUUGCUAUGCAGAACCAAAUCAACACAAACCCAGAGAGUCCUGACACUGUGACGAUACACGCAGCAACACCACAGUUUAUCAUUGGACCUGGAGGGGUGGUGAACCUAACAGGUCUGGUAUCUUCAGAAAAUUCAUCCAAGGCCACAGAUGAAACAGGUGUGUCUGCUGUUCAGUUUGGAAACUCUUCUACAUCAGUAUUAGCUACAUUAGCUGCCUUAGCCGAAGCGUCUGCUCCCUUAUCCAAUUCUUCAGAAACCCCAGUAGUGGCUACGGAGGAAGUAGUUACCGCAGAAUCUGUGGAUGGUGCAAUUCAGCAAGUAGUUAGUUCAGGGGGUCAGCAAGUCAUCACAAUAGUUACAGAUGGAAUUCAGCUUGGAAAUUUGCACUCCAUUCCAACCAGCGGAAUAGGCCAGCCCAUCAUCGUAACCAUGCCAGAUGGACAGCAAGUAUUGACAGUUCCAGCAACGGACAUUGCUGAAGAAACUGUAAUAAGUGAAGAACCACCAGCUAAGAGACAAUGUAUCGAAAUAAUUGAAAACCGGGUGGAAUCUGCAGAAAUAGAAGAAAGAGAAGCUCUUCAGAAACAGCUGGAUGAAGCAAAUCGAGAAGCACAAAAAUACCGACAACAGCUUCUAAAGAAAGAGCAGGAAGCAGAGGCCUACAGACAGAAAUUAGAAGCAAUGACUCGUCUUCAGACUAAUAAAGAAGCUGUUUAAUUGAAGUGAACUUGUAGUUUGAGUUUACUUUUGGUCAAGAAAGAAUACAAUCUUGAACUGUACACAGUAAUGUACAGUCAUGGGGAGACAGGAUUAAUUGAAGAGUCUACAGAUUGAUAAUUGGACUUAAGCCAUGAGCUCUGAAUUCUUGUAACAUAAAACUUCAGAAGUUGUGAAAUGUAUUUAAAGCUGAAUUCUGUAAAUAGUUUCUGGGUUUUUUUUUUACAGUUCCCAAUGAGUUGAUAAAGAUUGUUGAAGAGAUCCAAAAACACAAUAAGCCACUGUUUUUGUGAAUUCUUUCUGAUUUUAGUACAAACCUUAAUUUCUCAGAAACAGAACAGUUUUAAGGGUGAUCGUUGAUUAGACCAAAUGUUGUGUAAUAAUUAUGUGGUGGACUGAUGCUGGAAUUACGCUUUUAGGUAUGACCUAUUUGAAGAGAAGUUCUCUUCCAGGAAAUCUCUGUGCAGCUCUAAGUUGUUUCAGAUUCUCUAAAAACAUUUUUAGAAAGCGAACUUUUAUAUUUGUUCAAUUUCAGCUUAUACCGAAGUAGAUUUACAUGUAUAUGAAGCAAAUAUUUUUAAAAACUUUCUGUCUGUACAUAUUCUGCAUGUUUUAUAUUUUCAAGAUGCAUCACUUGCAUAGGUAUUUUCCCUACAGAGAUGAUGAUAAUUGCAAAGGAGGGGAAAAUUCCCUUUAUUCAUCAGAAGUGGGUAAGGUAGCAGCUGGUUUUAUUGGGAUGACAAUGUUCUUAGUAGGAGCAGCUUAUAAGAAAACUUGAAUUUGCGAACUGCAAAAAUCUAUGCUCUUUAGAAAAUUUCAUAGUGGGGACAUGAAUCUAUUCUGUGCCUUCCAUCAUGAUUUCCACAUGAAAGCACUUUAAGGCACUGGAUUUCAAGAUAAUGUCUUUUGGAAAACUCAAUGCAUAUGAGUUUCUGAAAUAUUCACGGACUCAUUUCCCCCCCAGGAAAUUAUUCUUAUGGAAAACAUUGCUUUUGUAUGUAGAACAAGAACCUUUUGUACCACAGUGAUGCCAUAUUGACAUGUCUUACGUACCAUUUUUUUCCCUGUGUAAGCUGUAUGUCUGUGCUGUGACUUGCUUUUCUCGCGAUAUUGUUGAAUUUCACAAUGUAUGGACAUUAAAUUCUGACAUACUGUUCGUUCUUUUUUGUAAAACAUAACUUCAAGUCCCUUUUUCUUUGUUUUUUAAAAUGUUUUACUGCUUUAUGAAAAUGUUUAACCGUAAGAUCCCUCUAGAUUACCCAUACUGUAUAAAGAAGCAAUUACCCUUAAAACUGUACUCUGGCCUACUUUUCUAUUUUACAAUUAAAUAUCUUUUACACAUA